AUUGGCUGUCGCUGGCCGUCGCUCAAACGCCCUCCCGGUAGAUGGUGUGAGGUGGAGAACUGGAGAGCUCGGGAGCCGACGCUGGGGUGAAGGUCAUGUCGCCUCCUGGGAAAGUUCCCCGGAAAGAAAACCUGGGGCUCCAGUGUGAGUGGGGGUCCUGCUCCUUUGUGUGCUCAGCCAUGGAGGAGUUCUGUGAGCACGUCACCCAGCACCUGCAGCAGCAUCUGCAUGGCCCUGGGGAGGAGGAGGGAGAGGAGGAAGAGGAUGACCCCCUUGAGGAAGAAUUCUCCUGCUUGUGGCAGGAAUGUGGCUUUUGCUCUCUGGACAGUUCUGCUGACCUCAUCCGCCAUGUCUACUUCCACUGCUACCACACCAAGCUGAAACAGUGGGGGCUGCAGGCCUUGCAAAACCAGGCUGACCUCAGCCCCUGCAUCCUGGACUUCCAGAGCCGGAACGUCAUUCCUGACAUCCCUGACCACUUCCUGUGUCUAUGGGAACAUUGUGAGAGCUCCUUCGACAAUCCCGAGUGGUUCUAUCGGCAUGUGGAAGCACACAGCCUGUGCUGUGAAAACCAAGCAGUCGGCAAGGACAAUCACGUGGUGCUGUGUGGCUGGAAAGGCUGUACCUGUACCUUCAAGGACCGCUGUAAGCUUCGAGAACACCUCCGUAGCCACACCCAGGAGAAGGUGGUGGCCUGCCCCACCUGCGGGGGCAUGUUUGCCAACAAUACCAAGUUCUUAGAUCACAUCCGUCGCCAGACCUCAUUGGAUCAGCAGCGCUUCCAGUGUUCUCACUGUUCCAAGAGAUUUGCCACAGAGCGGCUAUUGAGGGACCACAUGCGCAACCAUGUGAAUCACUAUAAGUGCCCUCUGUGUGACAUGACCUGCCCGCUGCCUUCCUCUCUCCGCAAUCACAUGCGCUUUCGCCACAGUGAGGACCGGCCUUUUAAAUGUGAUUGUUGUGACUACAGCUGCAAGAAUCUGAUUGACCUGCGAAAGCACCUGGACACCCACAGCAAGGAGCCAGCCUACAGGUGUGAUUUUGAGAACUGCAGCUUCAGUGCCCGGUCCCUCUGCUCUAUCAAGUCCCAUUACCGCAAAGUGCAUGAAGGAGACUCAGAGCCAAGGUACAAAUGUCAUGUGUGUGACAAAUGUUUUACUCGUGGCAACAACCUCACUGUGCACCUUCGCAAGAAGCACCAGUUCAAGUGGCCCUCAGGACACCCCCGUUUUCGGUACAAGGAACAUGAAGAUGGCUACAUGCGGCUGCAGCUGGUUCGCUAUGAAAGUGUAGAGCUGACACAGCAACUACUGAGGCAGCCCCAAGAGGGAUCAGGCCUGGGAGCAUCACUGAAUGAGAGCAGUCUGCAGGGCAUCAUUCUUGAAACAGUGCUGGAGGAGCCAGGACUUAAGGAAGAAGUGGAAGACCAGGGUGGGGGCAGCGAGGGGACAGCCCUCUCAGCCUCUCAGGACACCCCCAGCCCUGUCAUCCACGUGGUGAAUCAGACCAAUGCCCAGGGCCAGCGAGAGAUUGUCUACUAUGUGCUGUCAGAAGCCCCAGGAGAGCCCCCCCCAACUCCUGAACCAUCCUCAGUGGGCAUCAUGGAAAAGCUCCAAGGAAUAGCUGAGGAGCCGGAGGUCCAGAUGGUCUGAAUGCUUCAGAGCCUACCCAUUCCUACCCUGGGCCUUAGGGUUUGAGCCAGAAAGGUGGCAGUGUCCCUAGUGGGCAGUCCUUGCCAGUGGAUGCCUUUAGGAGUGGUGCUGAGAGUAGUGUGGUCCCAUCUGGCCCAGGCUUGCAUCAUUUUGCAGACUAAGGACUUCAUUUUUUUUGCCACACUGAAUUUUAUAGGGCAUCCUGGGGAGUUUGGAUUCUUUGAGGGGAUCCUGGAUGGGUGUGUUCUUUACAGCAGCUGUUAUCAGGCUUAACCAUGAGCCCUUCAACAUGCUGGACCUUGAUUAAAAUCCUUAGCUCACAUCCAUUCCCAUAUUUAGGACUCCUUAGGCCCAUGGAUGGUGAGUGAGUGGUCCUACAUGGACCCUUUCCUCACCAUCAGCUAAAACAUUGAGAUCCAGGCAGCCAUUUUCCUCUUAAAAGUUCCUCCUACACCCCAGGGACAUUUGUGGUUAUCCUCAGGGACAGGAUUGGAGGCACUGAGUAUGUGACACUUGCUUUUGAUAAUAAAAGAAACACUUGGGCUGUUA